CAGUAACUGAAAAGUGACUGGAGAAGUAGUGAGGCAGUGUGCAUGCUACUCUUCACUCAUUCUCAGGUUUGCGAGUGUGAAACUGAUAGUUGUGUAUCUGGAUGCCAGAUGUACUGAUUACCGGUGAGGAUUCACGUUUUCCUUUACGAAUUUGCCAUUACCCGACAGAUACAUGAUUUCAUUGACAUACAGUUAUAUGUAGAGUUAACAAAUAUCAAAAUGAAACUUCUUACACAUAAUAUGUUGUCUUCUAAGUGUUUAAAAGGAGUGACCCAGGGAUAUCCAUUGGGAAUUCAGGCAAAAGGUGUAAAAGUUAUAGAAGUUGAUUUUAAUGUAGAAUUUAUUUCAAGAGUUAUACCGAAGUUGGAUUGGGCUACGCUUCAUAAAGCAGCAGAAACAUUGGGCUUUGGAGAUGAUAUACCACAGACCCUUGUGGAUAAUUAUGAAGAAAAUGAAGAUUUUUUAAAAAAAGUCCAUCAUGUACUUCUAGAGGUGGAUGUUAUAGAAGGAGACCUUAUUUGCCCUGAAACUGGAAGAAGAUUUCCUAUAAAUUUUGGUGUCCCUAAUAUGUUAUUAAACGAAGAUGAGGUUUAAACGUUAUAUGUAACAGAGAAUAUUAUUUAAUUUUUGUUAAUAUCAUUUUAAUAAUAAAUCAUAAAAUGUA